AUGUCCUUACAGCGUGCCAUCUGUUUCCCGAUGUGCUUCAACUUGAACUUCAACGUCGCCUCUGACUAUCAACAGAUCCAGCGUGCGGCACCUGUCGAAAGAAGUGCCGCAAAUGUGACCGCGCGCGCCCUAUCUGCAAUCGAUGCAACCGGCGAUGAGCAAGAUCCAGAAGAGAACCAACAGCGUGCCGAGCCCGACGUCCUACCCACCAACGAGUUUACUCCGGCCCAGAAUCAGCCUUCACCGGCACCGACUCAGACUUCACAGUCUUCUGAUCACCCAAGCCAGGGUCGCCGCUUGCUUCAGACUUUGCCACAAGACGCGUCUCCAGCUUCGUCUCAGGAUCGAUCCCUUGGCGCCCCGUCGCCGGCAACUAUCAUCGGGUAUCCUGUCGACGAUCUUCUUCUCACAGGCAAUAGCCAAAAAUUGCUUGUUUACUUUGACAGUGAACUGAGCCCUCAUUUGACAAUUGUAAUUGAUGGCCUGGAUAACCCAUUCCGCGUCCACAUCUUACCGUUGGCCUACUACCAUACGGGUGUUCUCAAUGCAGUUCUGGGGCUUACCUCGUGCCAUCUGCACUUAUCACCGUCGGGGGCCAACCAGGUUGACAUGGCCACUGCUCUGCAACAUCGUGUUGCUGCGUUGAAUGGUCUUAGCUCGCUCUUAAUCAAAGAGGAGAUUUAUGGACUUACAGAGGCCGAAGAUGAGGCUGUUCUAGCCAUCAUCUUUCUGCUGGUUCUUCACGAUGCUGGACGUCCUGAGAGGCUUUAG